AACCCGCGAAGGACACGAUGAUGCUGAAUUACUUGUUCUACAGCUCCGCCCCCAAGUAUGAAAACAAAAUUGAAAAGAAAAAAAAAGAUGACAUGAGCUCUCUGCAAAGUUGCAUUGAAAAUGCCUCGAUUACGCUCAUCCUAGUUGGGUCCAUAGUGGUGGCCAUAAGUCUUUUGAUGAGCACAUUCUUCGCGGACAGUUUAAGGAGCUCAAGUGUGUACAAAUUAUUUUGCCUCACAUCUGGACUGUGGCUCGUUAUUAUAAUAGCGCAAGUGUUAACCUUUUUAUUUUCCUCAACCAUUUUUCAAAAUUCCACGCAUUUGUUCUUAAAUGACCAAAAAGGGAGUGCAGCGCAUAAGUGGAAUCCCCUCAGCACUGGCCUAUUUUUAACGAACGUCGUAACCUUCAGCUGUGUGUCCCUCUUGUCCUUUUGCGGAAUAUUCUCUUACGUAGUCAGUACGUUUAGUGGGACUAAUGGGCGCAUGUUGGCCACCACCAUUUUUAGUUUUUCCCUGAAUUUAGUGUUCCUGGCCUUCCAGUUCCUCUACAUUCUGCUCCGGAUCCACAAAAUUAAGGGCAUAAAGUUUAGCAAAUAUUUGCCUUUUUUUUUGCCCGGCUUUUCUUGCAUGCUCGAAUCCAUCGCAAUGAAUGUGAAGCAUAAAAUGAGACAGAGUCUGCUGGAUAAGAAGUCUAAAAGGGGAACGCACAAAAAAAAACUUGAGGACCACGUGAUGCACCAAGAUGAAAAUAUAUUCUUGAUUAACUAAAAUGGGGAGGAGACAGACGGCGCCGCAUACGAUCCAACGUGUGUGGAUCUACUCCCCCACAGGUAUGCUAUCACGAGGAUCCGUUUCGUGACAAC